AUUAUCACAAUGUCAGUAAUUGAAACAGCUUCGACGACAACAACACUCGUAAAUACUAAUGCAGUAAAUGAUAAGUCAGCUAAGACUUAUACAACACAACGAGAUUGUGACAUAAACUACACGGUUGCUGAAGCACAAGAAGCAAGUCAGUUAUCGUAUAUGCAUAUUUAUGAUAAAGGCAGUGCAUGUAAUAUAGUCGCUCGCUACGAUGGUAGCUACGCCGAGAAGGGUGCACCAAUCACAAGUACAGUAUAUAUGGACCAAUGGAAGAAAGACACCCUAGCUGAAUGGGUACAAGUCACAGAGAAUAAGAUGAAAGUCACUAUCAAUGGAUUAGUUACAUACUUUGAUAUUAUGCGUGACGUUGAGCAGUUCAAGUUCACGCUGUUUGAUGGAAGCACCGUGACUAUUGACGUAUAUGGGAAUAAAUAUGAAGCUGUAGGCGAUAAAGCUGGCUUCGUCUAUGCAUCUGCAAAGCAAUCGGUCAGGCAUGCCAUACCACUAAUGGGACACAAAUAUGCCGCAAUGACAUUACAUCAUGCACCAGAAAUAGACGACAAUGAUUCCAUUCUUAUCACGACAGCAAUGUUAUACACCGAAGCACGCCUACGGGGUUUGCAUUCUUUCGUCGAGGGUGCGAAGAGGCGGAACAUGAAACAAAGUGGAGAUUCAGCAAUGUUCAUGGGUGGACACAACUGGGCUGAGAAAUAUAAGUAAAGUAUACCGUAUUUAUUUUUUGUCUACGAGUAUGGACCAUAAAUACAAUUAAGAACAGAACAAAUUAACAAUUGAUUGUGCAAUUAUUGGCGAAAUAAAAUAGCCUUAACCGCCGAGGGGAGCUGGCUUACCUUCGCAAGUCCAGGUCUCGUCUCUAGCUUGUGGCUCUCCAACUUCGAGGUAAGCAUCAAGGUCGAGGCACUCAGCGACGGUAAUAAGGUUGAAUCCACGCUCCUUGAGUGAAGGAACAACCGAUGGCAUGACUGUGUAUGGUGUAGUUUCGUAUGUCUCGUGAUUGAGAGUGAGGUGUGGUUCGUUAACGUCUGUGAAUCCAUCGUAGAUACCAAUGCUCUCAUCAGCAGAUGCACCUUGUGAGUCGAGAGAGUCCUCGCUCCAGUUUACGACGACCAUACCGUGUUUUUCUUGAAUGUAGUUGACACAUUCUGGUGCACUACCAUAUGGCGGUCUGAGGAACUUUGGUCUAACACCGAUGAUCUUCCAGAUUGCAUCAUUGACGAGUUCGACUUGUUCGUCAAUUUCUGCUUCACUCAAUUCGC